UAAUUUCCGUUGGGGGUAUGCUUACCACUGGAUAAGCACUCCCGCUGCUGAAGGCGACGUAUGACAGAGGCAUUAACUAAGUAGGUCCAGCGCUAUAAGGGAAACGCUGCACAGCUCUAAUACAUAAUACUGAUUAUUGGGGAUAGUGGGAUACUGCUGGGUUGUACUCGAAUGGAAGAGCAGAGGAAAUGAUCGGAAAAGCUAUUCGAAAAUAUGACAUUCCGAGGCACAAGCUGGUUAUCAUAAGCAAAUGCUGGGCCCCUGUGAGCGAACACGACGAUGUGUUUAUCCCUCCCUACUGGGGAGACCUCCCCAAGAGUAAAGACUAUGUUAAUCAAUUUAGUUCGUAGAUAGCUCCUCUCCGUGGCUAACCCUCCACAUUUACAAGCUAAUUGGCCCAAAGGUCUCUCGCGGCGGGCGAUCUUCAAUUCCGUCGAGGCAUCUCUAAAGAGAAUUGGAACAGACUACCUUGAUCUCCUCAUGGUGCACCGUGGGCAUGUCAUCCAAUAAGCUUAUGCAUGACCCGCAAAUGGCGAGAAAUACGGACCAAAAGCGCAAAUUCCGACUGGGCGAAGAGCCGCUCGGAUCUGAUAACUCUCCCUCGUUCUUCCUCAUGAACUUCGGAUACUUGGGUGCAUAUCGGGAAUGUGAUGUCGGGGAAUUCUCCUUGAGCGCCUUUCCUGGUCAAUAUUUAAUAAAAGUGGGAGUGAUCUGUGACACAGAACGCAAGCGACAACGGCUAAUAGGAACUGGUGUUUUAUGGCGCUUAAAAAAACGCAAAAUUCGAUGUAAUCGGCAAACUCCGUGUAGUAACUGUGUGCGAUCCAAGAACAGUGCCUGCAUCUAUGGAAAUGACCUAGCAGAAACCCUGCAGCCCAAUCUUGCGCCGGCUAUGAAGUCACAGCAACCAAGCCAUUCGGCGCCUACUAUAGAAUCCUCAGCUUUUGGCAGAAGUUUGAUGAGCCUAGGUCGGCCAGUAUCGUCAAUCGUGAACAGCUCAACAGCCCCGUCCACUACACCUAGUCGAUUAUCUUAUGAAGUAGAUUACCUGAAGAACAGAGUUAGACAGCUUGAAGAACGUUCAUCCCAGGUAACCGCUAAGGCUGCUGCAGCCCCGAUUUGCCCAGCUGUUUGUAUUACUCCUUUGACGACUCGACGGAUACCUUCAAGGCACUGGGGAGAUCAAGCUGCAUAA